AUGGAGGUACCCACUGACAACCGUCCUUUGAUAUAUAACUUGGCUGUGGAGUGUGAAGAUCUCUUUGAUCAGGUGGUUAGAAGUAUACCACUUUGGCCUAUUCUCCCGGAUUUCCAAACACGGUUCAGAGCGUGGGUUGCCAGUCUGAAGGUAUUCGCCCGGCCAAACCAAUGCCUUGACUGGCGACUAAGACAGAGGUCUGAUAUCCGUGAUGUCAUUGUUCAAACUUUGACCAUUCUCCAAAGUGACCUAAUAAAUCUCGCAAAAUCAGAUAUCGUUGGCAGGAAUGCUACAUGUCCCACAGACACCGAACCCAACGAAAACCAGUCAAUAAUUGAUGGGAUAGAUAUGGAAGCUUUAAAGGCAGUAAAUGGAAUACUCAAUGAUCUUCAUCCACUGCAGGCUGGAAUACGAGACUCCACAUUUGGAAGUCUCACUCCCCGGUUCCCAACUUUUGUUGGCGAUCCGCAUUUAGAGAGCUUCAUGGAGCUAGCCUCGCGAUGCAUUCGAACCUUGUAUCCAGAUGCUCAUCACGCGCUCCAAUACCACCUGAGUGAGUCAAUGACUGAGCGAUAUGCUGCCAUGAAACGCACUAAGUCUCGCCAGCAGACACUCCAGACUCUGAGCGACGAGGACUCGUCCCCAAUACUGACCAUGGAUGAAGAGCAGCCAUGCUGCAAAACGAGGCCUGCACCGAUACAAGAUGAGAUAGAGGGACAUCAUUCGACGUCAAAUCAAGCCGGGGAACCGAGGGCUCUACAGCGUGGGGUGCAGGCCAUUUCCCUAUCCGACCCAUCGUCGACAAAUGCGGGUCAACUGAAAACGAUCCUUUCUGACUCACCAAGCGACAGUCAGCCAGGCCCAGCUUGCUCCAUGCAUCUUGGACAAACCGGAUAUCCAUCCCCACCCGAAAGGGACGACACUAACGUCGUUACCUGUGAGUGGUGCUCAGAGCCCCUGGAUGAAAAAGCCCUGUAUGGAAGAAAUUGGAAGAACCAUGUGGACCAUGACCUGGAACCAUACCUGUGCAUAUUCGAGGAGUGUUACGGAGGGUACCCGUAUUUUGCGACUUUUAAUGACUGGCAGGAUCAUAUGAUUAGCCAUAGCCGGCGUUGGCAUCGAGAGAUAUAUAGGAAACCAUCGUGGAUAUGCUCUGUAUGCGACAGCCACAAUGAUGUCUUCAGUAGCUCAGAAGCCUUCUCGAGCCAUACCAAGGACGUCCACUGCCCGGAGCUCACGACUGCUCAGCUUGAGGGCCUAUCAUGGCUCAGUGAGACAUCACCCCCACGGCCCCGUGACCUAUGUCCACUAUGCGGCUACAGAGUGGUAGAAAACAGCUGCCAAACGCAGCGAAUAAAGCCCUUUUCCCACCAUUGCGCAAAGCGUACUCGGGAACCGUCAACAGACACGAGUAGCAAAAGCGCUAGGAUAACCUAUGAAAAUCACCAUGCUAUGCCGCAUUGCUCUAUCGACAUCCCCUCUAGCAGCUCUAGUGAAGAUGAAGAUCCCGAGCAUUUGACAGUCCCAGCCCACACAGAGGGGGGCGACAUGGUUGCCCGACAUGUCGCAGCUCAUUUUCAAGCACUGAUGCUCCUGACAAUCCGCCUAGCCUCCAUACAGAUUGAAGAUGAGGCUAUGGUUGAGGAAGUAAGGAGUGACAUUUGCGAUAUUGACGGUAGUGAGAGAUCAAUCAGCGGCCAUUUGAGUGUGGAGAUGUCAGGUGUGGGCACAGCGCACUCGAUCCAUGGACACGCAUAUACCGAUAGUGGGCCUUCAACAGAAGAUGCAACUAUGCCAUGA